UUGGGGUUUUGCUGAGACGCCCUUGCCCAUCUCUGGAGGCUCCUUGGCCUCUCUGGGGAAGGAUCUGGAUUGAGCCGGCUGAGGCCCCUUGUCCAAGACGCUGCUGCUGACCUUAAGGCGGUGCGAUCUGGAGGAACAUCAGAAGCUGCCCUAUAUCGAGUCAGAACGCUGGUCCAGCUAGGCCAGUACUGUCGACGCUGACUGGCAGCUGUGACUGACCAAGGAUUCAGCAGGGGCCUCUUUUCUAGUACUCCCUGGAGAAGACGGGGAUUGAACUGGAAUCCUUCCAACUGCCAAGCUGGUGCUCCACCUCCCGCUCCCUCCUUUGCUCCCCUGAAAGAAAUGGCCUUAGGUUUGCCUUCGGUGGAAGUCCUACUUAAAAGAGAUUCACUGAAAUGAUUGAGACUUACCCUAUGCUAGCAUAGGACAUAAGCCGAAGGCGUGUACCGAUGCAGCGCUGGCGAACAAGGAGCGAACUUUGCACUUGGAGCCGCCAUCGUUCGGGAUUUUGACAGCAUAUUUAGCAGACCCUGAAUGAACCCUGAUAUGAUUGCUGCCACCUCAGUCCUGGAAGGUGCCUCAGCAUGGCUGUUGCCAUUUUUUGGAAUCCUCGCAGUGAUUCUUCUUGGGGCUGCACACAAACUGGGGCUGAUCUAUCAGCUCUGGCACCAGGUAAACCCUAAGAGCACUCGGCAUGGUGGAGAGAUUGUGGCAGAAGUGCUGAAAGCUCAUGGUGUGCACUACCUGUUCACAUUGGUUGGUGGACACAUUUCACCUAUUCUGGUGGCCAGUGAAAAGAUGGGCAUUCGUAUUAUAGACACAAGGCAUGAGGCAACUGCUGUGUUUGCAGCAGAUGCAGUGGCCAGGCUCUCAGGGACAGUGGGAGUUGCUGUAGUGACAGCAGGACCUGGAGUGACAAACACUGUGACAGCUAUGAAAAAUGCCCAGAUGGCAGAGUCUCCUGUGUUGUUGAUUGGAGGGGCAGCAUCCACACUGCAGAAGGGCCGAGGAGCUCUCCAGGACAUUGAUCAGUUGUCCCUCUUCAAACCACUCUGCAAAUUCUGUGCUUCAGUGAAGACUGUCCGAGAUAUUGCCCCUGUGCUGCGAAAAGCGAUUGCCUUUGCCCAGUGUGACACUCCAGGUCCUGUAUUUGUGGAGUUACCUUUGGAUGUUCUAUAUCCCUAUCAUUUGGUGGAAAGAGAGCUGUUCAAGAAAGAUACUCCCAAGAGUUUGACAGAAAAGAUUGUUAACUGGUAUCUGCGCAGAUAUUUGAUGAACCUCUUUGCUGGGGCAUGGGAGGUGCAAAACUUUUCACCCUUGCCAGUGAGCGUUCCAAAGGCCACAAAGGAACAGGUGCAACAGUGUGUGGAACUAAUCAGCCGAGCCAAGAAACCAGUCAUUCUCCUUGGCAGCCAAGUGACCCUGCCUCCAACACCAGUAAAGAAGCUCAGGGAUGCUUUAGAUGAACUGGGGAUUCCCUGCUUUCUGGGAGGCAUGGCCCGUGGCAUGCUGGGAAAAAAUAGUCCAUUACACAUUCGUCAGAAGCGCCAUGAGGCACUCAAGGAGGCAGAUGUGGUCAUUCUUGCAGGCACAGUCUGUGAUUUUCGUCUGUCAUAUGGACGUAUCUUGAGCAAACGCAGCAAAAUUAUUGCUGUCAAUAGGAACCGGGAACAACUGCUGAAAAAUGCACAUUUAUUUUGGACACCCCACAUAACCAUAAAGGGAGAUGCUGGCUCCUUCCUAGUGCACUUGAGCCAAGAGUUGAAGGGUUAUUCGUGUCCCCAGGACUGGAAAACAAGUCUAAAGGAGGCUGAUUGCAUGAAGGAGAAAGAAAACAGAGAGAAGGCAGAAGUGCCAACAGAACAACACCUGAACCCUCUGAAACUGCUGCACCAUGUGGACUGCUUGCUUCCAGAGGACAGCCUGCUGAUUGCAGAUGGGGGUGACUUUGUGGCAAGUGCUGCCUACAUUGUGAAGCCCAGGGAGCCGCUCUCCUGGCUAGAUCCAGGAGCCUUUGGAACUUUGGGGGUUGGUGGAGGUUUUGCCUUAGGAGCCAAGCUUUGCAGGCCAGACUCAGAGGUCUGGAUUAUAUAUGGAGAUGGUUCUCUUGGAUUCAGCAUCAUGGAGUUUGACUCCUUCGUGCGGCACAAGACCCCUGUCAUCGCCCUAGUGGGGAAUGAUGCCUGCUGGAGCCAGAUCUCCCGAGAGCAAGUUCCCAUGCUGGGCAGCAAUGUAGCUUGUGGCCUGGAGUAUCUGGAUUACCAUGUGGUAGCAGAAGGAUUAGGAGGAAAAGGUUUCUUGCUCAGCCGCCAGAAUGAGGAGCAAAUGGAUGACAUCAUCAAAGCUGCACAGUCUGAAUGCAGGAGUGGACGGCCUGUCCUCCUCAACGCCCUGAUUGGAAAAACAAACUUCCGUGAAGGCUCCAUCUCUGUAUAGGGCCUGCAGUGUGUGAGGUCCAGCUAGAAAGGGAUCUGCAUCUGCCUUGUGUGAGGGCCCUGGUUCAACUGAAUGCCUCCCAAGCAAGGUUAUGGAGUAGCACAAAAGCUUUACCUUUACGUUAGCAGCUCCAGGGGCCUGAAUUGCUAGCUCCUGUCCUGGCUCCACAGGCCUUCUUUGGGCCCUUCCGCAAAUAUCAAGGGCCCCUUACUUCUUGGAGUCAGCAUUUUUGCUGAAGUCUUGCUUGUGCUUCAUCCCCACAUGUGCACAUUGGUGAAUCACUUUUCCUGUGUAUUGGCACUUUCCUCCUGGUUGUUUAUGUCUGCUAACACUUAACUUUCCACAGUUAGGACUAAACAAGACACCCUUCCCCUAAAUAAGACAUCCAGUAAUUUAGUGCAAUGAGAGCAACUUGUGGUCCUCCAAAUUUUUGACGAACUAUUCCCUCACUAUUGGCUCUGCUGGCUGCAAGUAACGGACGUUGUGAGCAAAAACAAGUUGUCCACACCCCUGAUAUAAAGGAAUCCUUUGUCAACACAGGUAGAUAUGGGUCACUCUUAAAGCUGCCCCUGAAGUAAAUAUCUAUUGUUGAGUUUGAAUGGCAAGUGCCAUUCUUUGUCCUUUCUUUCCCUUAGCCCAACUCUCUUCUCAAACUAGGUGCUCUGCUUUCCCUCAUGGGGAUUUAGAUGAGUCUUUUAGCCCUUGGAAUAUUCAUUCUAUCCCAUGUGCAUAUGUAGGUAACUGGUCAUGUUGCAGCACUGGGUGCAAAUUUGGUGCAGGACAAGCUGAUAGCACAUCCUUUGGGGCCUCAUCCUUACCCUGUGUGAGUUAGACUGGGUGUGAUCUUGGUCUCCCUUUCACUGCCACCAGUACUCUUCUGACUAAGCAACUGCUUCUAUUCUGAUAGCAGACAGUCUUAUAUCUAUAAACAAUCUCUCCUGUUGGUUGUCUACUAAACCUAAGGGAGCAGCAGGCAAAUCAUGGGAGUCAUUCUCAGACUGCUCUUCUGUCUUUGCCUCUCUCCAUUCAGAAAUGACUGUGUAACCUUCUGCUGUGCAAACAAUAAAAGGAUGGGAUUCUUGCUA